AUGUCAAGCAAAGUUGAAAUUCAAACCAAACCGGCUACAGCAACGCCAUCUUUAUCGCCUCCGUCAACUUCAUCAGCAUCAGCAUCAGUAUCAGUACCGCCAUCGUCUAGCAAGUCCACCAUUACCACAAAUAAAACACCAGCACAGAAGGAUGAAGUACCCAUGAAACGUAAAAAUUCGACAGGUUCAAAUGGCUCAUCUUCGUCAUCAACACCUCCUAAACGUCAUAGACCCAUGUCAUUAAAUCUUGGUGUCCCUGAUAAUGCUGAUGUCGCUCUAAGAAUAGUCAGUCCUGGGUUACCACCAUUAAUUAAUGAAUCAAUGAAAACAACUGUUCAGCUCCUGAAACAAAUUCAACAACAACAAAAAAAUUUAAUAGCAGCUCGACAUGGCAAGGACCCAGAGGACGAGGAGCUACCACAAUCACAACCACAAGCACAACAACCAACAUCAGUAGCGGUUCCUGCUUCUGGCGCACCUAUACGGCAAACAGUUCAAUUACCUCCUCUUAAUCAAAGACCAGUUCCUAAAUCGCCUGUUUAUGCAUCUGAUGAUUCCGAUCUUAAUCGUUUAUCAAAUGUCAAAAAAUUGAAAAGACUGAAUGUCCCACCACCAUUGAGCAUUGGCGACAAUUCAAGCAGUGGCAGUAGUAACAAUUUGCGCCCAUCAAUUCAUUCUGCUCCAAUAAGAUCGAGAGCAACCACAAGACCAGUACCCAGAAUUAUUCCUACUACAAGAAUAGUGCCACAAUUGGCUAUACCCCCUCAGCCUCAAUUCUAUUAUGUUACAACUCCAUAUCAGCAAUUUUAUCCGGCACAAAUUGUUGGGGCUACGCCAACACAACCAGUUUCUCAGCCGUUAGCUAGAAGCCAAUUGCGUCAAGUCAAUCCUAGAGUAAGAAUGAUUCCAUUGACUUCCACAACAUCACAUUUUGGAAGACGGGCUAUGCAACAAGGUCCACAACAAUUACCGCCUGGUGCAAUAUUACAGCAACAGAGCUUACCUUUACAACAACAACAACAACCUCCGCAACAACAAGUGAUACCUUCGCAAUCUACAGCACCAAAAACCAAACCAAAUGCAGUCACUGAUGUAUUCCGUGGUGAUUUUCAUAAGGCUGCUCCAUUGCAUAGUCAACCAUUAUCUGCUCAACGUGAAUAUUUUGAAAAUUCAGUACAUGACGAACCUCAAAAAUCUCAAGUUAUAAGCAUUGCUGAAUCACAAGAAAUAUCUGGGAGUAUCACGAUUAAUGGCUCAAAUGUUUUCAAUUUUAGAAUUUUUAAUAAAAAUGAGGAAGAGGAGAGUAAUGAUAGUGAAGGGACUUCAAAAGAUAACACAAGUGAGAAAAAGCAAGCAGGAACUCUAGAAGAGAAAGAAGAGAACACAGAUAAAGAAGGAAAGGGGAAAUCUAUCUCUACAAACGAAAAGUCAAAUGCUAGUGAAGAUAAGAGUAAUAAAUCCAGUAAACUGGAAGAUCUUGAAGAAGAUAAUAAAAAGAAAUUCUUAAAAAUAUGUGAAACUUGCUGGGAUCAAGUGUUUAAUAAACGAGAUGAUUAA